CUAAAUGUGGACCACUUUUUCCAUAUUCUUCUUCACGCUCAUUUUUGCAUAUAUAUAUAUAUAUAUAAUCUAAUUAGCGGUACCUUGUUUGAUCAGUUUCUAGCAAUGGAGAAUAAUAUUCAUCCUAGGUUUUCUGGUAUAAAUUCGUCUACGGACCAUGGGACUACAGCUUCAUCUCUUUCCCCAGAUCACAUGAUGAUGAUGACUAGUAGUUUAUAUAACAGUGGGAACUUGGAUGGAUUUGUGGGCUUCAAGAGGCCUGAAGUUCAUCACCCUGCAGCACAAGUAGGAGAUGAGGGGCCUUAUAUUAAUGGUAAUAAUGAGACGAAAUUAUUAGUUGGGAGCAGCGGAAAGAAGAAUGGUGAAAAGAAAAUCAGAAAGCCCAGAUUUGCUUUCCAAACAAGAAGCCAAGUGGACAUACUCGAUGAUGGUUACCGGUGGAGAAAGUAUGGCCAAAAAGCAGUCAAGAACAACAAAUUUCCUAGAAGUUACUACCGGUGCACAUAUCAGGGAUGCAAUGUGAAGAAACAAGUGCAGCGGCUGUCUACGGAUGCGAGCAUUGUGGUCACAACUUAUGAAGGAAUGCACACUCAUCCUGUCGAAAAACCCACCGACAAUUUCGAACAAAUUCUCAAUCAGAUGCACAUUUAUCCUCUUUCUUUUAAAUAAUGAAGAAGAUAUACAGACCACUACCAGCUAGCCUUGUGAUCAUAUGGAAUGUGUGUGUGCGAGUCUGUAUGUAGUCACUCCUGUUGUGUUGUACAAAUAGAAUAUUGCAACAUACAAUAUAUGCAUGCAGUAGGAUGAGAAUAUGAGAAUUGAAGAUCAUAAAUUGAUUGAAACUACUUGAUCAUAUAACUUUGAAUGCAACAAAGUUUCUUAUAUUUCUUA